AAUUAUAUCAAAUUCAAAGUUAUCAUCUAAAAAAGUUAAAAAGUUAUUUAAAAUUAGCUAAAAAUUACCUUGAAUGUAAUCCACUCGUAAUAUUAUCGUAGAUCGAGUGUAUACAAAUUUUUUUCUUUUUCUUACUAGUUAUAGUAAUCACCUUUCUGAAAAAAAAAUAAAAAAAAAUUAUACUAGUAAUCAAACUGUGAAAAAGAAUCCUAAGUAAAAAAGAAAAAAGUUACUCUGUUGACCGUGUAAUAGUUUAGUAACUUUUAUAGUUCUAUAUCAUCACAAAAUUUAAACCCUAAUUUACUGCGAAUUCGGAAACUCAAUUGAUCAUCUUUGGUGUUCAAUUCAGUUAAAUUUUACCAAGUUUUUGUCUUUAGAUUACAAUCUCAGCCCUAAUUCUUCUGUAUUUUUGCAGAAUUGUUUCGUCUCAGAAUUAAUUACAAGAUUACAGAGCAUGCAUUAGAGAAAUUAUGGAGAAAAAAUUAUACAUAGCAAUUGGGAAAAACAAUGAAAUACGAUCAACCUUAUUUUGGGCUUAUAAUAAUUUUUUAAACGGGAAGACAAAUCUUACAAUUUGUCUUAUUCAUGUUCAUGUUCCUACCCAAAUCAGAUGUUCUCCUAGAAAGGAUUUUCCAGCUUCUGUUAUGGCAAUCAGAGAAGUCGAGGACAAAUUGUAUAAAGAAUUGGAAAGACAAGAGGUGGAAAAUAUGUUAGAUAAAUAUGUUCAGAUAAUUAUAAGUUUUCAGGUUCCGUCUGAAAAAAUCUAUAUCGAAAAGGAGUCUGUAGCUGAUGGAAUAUUGGAACUCAUAUCUCAGUUAGGGAUACAGAAAUUGGUUAUGGGUGCAGGAGCUAACAGCAGAUUUGUGGGGAGUUCAACAAAACCCGCCUCAAGAAAGUCUAAUUACGUGCUUCAACAUGCUCCUGAUUUCUGUCAUAUCUUCUUUGUAUCUGAGGCUCGUCUAAUCUAUGCAAGCUUCAAAUCUCUUGAAUUGACUUGUUUGUAUGGUAUCACAAAUAUACUUACUGGCUACAAGAUUGAUAUCGAGGAGGGAUUCUUUGGGUGA